AUGAUUCUCCCCAAUUCUGCUCUUCGUUCUGCAUUCAUCGUUGCGCUGGUUACUGCAAUUCCAGCGAAUGCGGCGCCGAAACCUAUUUCCCAACGCUCAACUCCCGAAUUAAGCUUGGCAGCUCAGCUACAACUUGCAGACACGACUGUGGAACGUUAUCAACUUCUUCCAAAGGAUGAAGACUUUGUCUACGACUUUAAUAAAGGCGAAUCAUUCUUCGCCAAUCGUAAAAGCUUCCCAGCUCUGACCGGCUACGGAACAUCAUUUAGCCUCUCUUCUAUUCCAGCAUGCAGCAUGAGCUUCGUUCACCUCCACCCUCGUGCUACCGAGCUUUUUGCCCUUACCUCUGGCCGUGUUCUCACGGAAAUGGUGCCUGAGGGAAAUAUUCUUGAUUCUGAUAAGAAGCAACGAGUCAUCCGCACUGAGCUCCACCCCGGAAUGAUGACCAUCUUCCCGGCCGGUUCGUUUCACACGCAGGUGAACCCGGAUUGUGAGCCCGCCAACUUUACGGCAGCACUCACUGCUGAAGACUUUGGAAUUUCCUUGGUCGCUGAUCAAACGUUCUCCUUCACUGAUGAUGUGAUUGCCCGUACAUUUGGUCAAAGCAUUUCUGGUGAGGAUAUUGAUCGUGUGAAGCAUGCUAUCCCGGGUGCUAGCCUGAUCAGGGUUGAGGAAUGCCUGACCAAGUGUGGCAUUCAGAAACGUCAAGUUUGA